AUGGAGUGCAUGAGCACACACUACAGCAGCCACGGCAGUCUUCCAGAGAAGAUAGAGUAUACAGACAAAGGAACAGGGGAGUACUCUGUGCAGGAAGGCUUUGGAUGGAGUAAUGGAGUGGCUCAGUGGAUAUACUACGUAUUUGGAGACGAACUAGCGAAAAAAGACAGUGCAGAUAGUCUCUAA